AUGGGGAAAUCAUGUUCUAAGUCGGCAAACCAAGCAGAAUUGGAAAAUCGACGUAUUCAACGUGAAAUACGACUUGGUUUGACUCCACUACCUCAUCCACCUUCAGUGAGAACUUCUACGCCACGUCCAAAACCAUCGUUGAAUAUACCUCCAAAACAUGUCGAUCAUAGGGACCGAAUAGGUAGUUCCCCUCGUCUCUCUAGAGUAAAAACACCGGUUAUACAAGCACAAAGAAACUCAGGAAAUGGUUUGCUAAUAUCCCCUUAUAGAUCUCGUUCAAGUGGCACAGCUGUUGGUCCUCCGUUUCCUCCACAUUUUUAUCCCGUUCGCCCUCCGUUAUCUCCACCAAAACCAAUAAUGCCAAAAUCUAUUCAUCGUCCAUCUAAGAUUAUAAGCAAAGCAACGACAAAUGUUUCAACCAAACCUCGUGAAAAAGUAAAGGAUAAGAAAGAAAGUAAAUCGAAUUUACGUAUAGCAAAACCCAUAAAAAAUAGUAAAGAAAAACCAAAAUUGAAAAUAAAACCUGUUUUGAGACAAGCUUUAAAUUUACUUUGUGUUGAAGAAAUACGUACCCGAUCGGAAAUUUUAAAUGAGGCUAUGCUUCGGUUUAUGGAUCUAGAGAGAGAAUUUAGAAACCGUGUUAAACAAGAGUAUAUUCGUGUUGCAGCGUUUGAACUCUUUGCGUUACAAACCAAAUCUAGAGAUGCUGUUUUUGAGCAAGAAAAAAAUGAACGAAAAUUAUUAGUCUUUUGGAUGAAUCAGACCUUUGAAGAAGAUAGACUAAUGGAUCUUAUUGAAGCAACUCAAGGGCGUCCCAAAAGUAACAUGAUUUCGUCACAUGAUGCUUUUUAUAGUUCACCCAAGCGAAUUGAGACCCAUGAUAAACCAAUAAAAAAUACAAUGGUACCGGUAGAAGUAUCACCUUCAAAUAAAAAGGAAAUUAAUGAGCAGAAUUUUAUUGAUGGAAAUUCUUUUGAUAGGGAAGUAAAUUAUUCACCUCCUGAACCUGUUCGAAUUAUUCCUUCAGUUGAGCGAGGUAUUUUUAAUGAUAAUCUUGAUCGGAAGAUAAGACGACAAACUCGUAUGAUGCGUGAGGUUGUUCCUUCAUUUACACCAAAAAAUGUUACAAUUGCUCCUGAUUUGAAUUCUAAUUAUGUUUUGACAAACAGGGAUUAUAAUGAAGUAAGAUCGAUCUCACCGAAACGAAUUCCACCUCCUCCUGUACCAGAUUAUCAUAAAGAUUAUGGAGAAUUAUCUUCCUUUAGAUCCCUUUUUUCUGAUCCGUUUCAGACACCUCGUAGAAAAUCAUUUGCGGAGUUAAAAGGGGAAAGUGAUUUGGCUAUGAAAAAGAGACUUACCGCCCUUUUAAUGGCCUAA